UAGUAACGGACAGUCAGACAAGCUGGGCGACUGUGGCUGCGCGCGGCGCGAGUAGCGCGGUGUGGCCGCGCGUGGAAGCCCCGCCGGCGCUGGGCUGCAGCCCGGGACCCGAGGCUCGACCCGAGGCUCGGCCCUGCUUGUGAUCCCUGACCCAGCUGCGCCGUGAGCGGGCCCGCGGCUGGGCAGUGAGGCCUCCUCGGGCCCGCCGCGCCCUCCAUGAGAGUAGGGGCUCCGCGGAGCUUAACGGAGGCCGGGGCGGGGCGGCGGGCGGAGUAGAGGCGGAGGCGGCGGGCCCGCUCACCCUUGCGGGUGGAUGCUGCGCCGCGGCGAUGGACGCCCUGGAGGAAGAGAGCAUCGCGCUGUCCUUCUCUUCUGCCUCUGAUGCAGAAUUCGAUGCUGUGGUCGGAUGUCUAGAGGACAUUAUCAUGGAUGAUGAGUUCCAGUUAUUACAGAGAAACUUCAUGGACAAGUAUUACCAGGAGUUUGAAGACACCGAAGAGAAUAAACUUACCUACACGCCCAUUUUUAACGAAUAUAUUUCUCUGGUAGAAAAAUAUAUUGAAGAACAGCUGCUGGAGCGGAUCCCUGGAUUCAACAUGGCCACUUUCACAACAGCGCUACAGCACCAUAAAGAUGAAGUAGCUGGUGACAUAUUUGACAUGCUGCUCACAUUUACUGAUUUUCUGGCAUUUAAAGAAAUGUUUUUGGACUACAGAGCAGAAAAAGAAGGACGAGGACUAGACUUGAGCAGUGGCUUGGUGGUGACGUCCUUAUGCAAAUCAUCUUCUACACCAGCCUCCCAGAACAAUGUACGUCACUAGGGCCCACCUCCAGGCAAUGGGUGGGACCAUCUCGGAUGAUGUCACUAGCCUGGUGGGCUUAGAGACUUCAGUUAUGCCCACAGACAUGGUCUCUGAAAGACUGCUGCUGUGUUGCCAUUUAUGUUAAGUAUUGAUGGGUCACAGACAACAUGACCUGACCCUUCUGGACCAUUUCUCCUAGAACACCUUCUUGUAUUCAGCCACCCUCGUGCUUCUUUCCUUCCCCAUGUAGACACCUCUCCCAGGUGCUUCUGAGCCAGACCCCUCUCCAGGGCACAUGGAGUGUCAACAGCGUGAAAUAACCCGCCAUCAUGAGCCCUUUGUCCCAGCAGACUUUGCACAAGUCAGUGUGUGCACAGCUCUGUCACAUGGGUCAGUUUCAGUCCUGCAUCCUCAGAGGGUUUUGUCUGGGACUACUCACCUUGCCAGAUCCUCGUGCCAGCUGUCCGCCAUAAGGUGUGUUGGCUGUAGGAACCGAGAGAGAUAUCCUCUACCCAAAAACCAUCUUACAUCUGCAGUGCUUGUACCACUCUGCUGUUUUUCUCAUGUAGUCCCACUUUCUAGAAAUCUCUUAGGCAUUAUUUUUGAAAAAAAUAUUUUUAUAGAUGAAAACUCAGGCUAGCCUGGUAGAUAUAUAUGGUCAUGGAACUGUCAUGAUCCCCCACUUAAGAUCAAAGUAUUCUCUGUGUUCUUUUGAGUUAGUUCUGUGAAGGCAAAGAUGCUGUCUGCACUGGUGCACCUGUUGUAUUGGCUCCAGUGAACAUAGGCUAUGUGCUAGAAAUAGAGUAGGAACUGCCCUGCUUUUGGAGCAUGCUAAGUGUAUGUGCAGGUUUGCUUAAAAUCCUUUCUGCAUAAACCAGUUUGGUGGGCUUUCUUGGAGGAGGUAGAGAAGCAAUUUUUUCUUCUGUCAAAAACCUAUCUGAGAAGGUCUAGCUCAGCAUAGAGUGGAUGGGGGACAGCUCUGCUGGUCACCUGUCUGCCUUGGUUUAGAACAGCAUUUGGUAGACUAUAGCUAGCCAGAAAGCAGUUCGAUUCCUAAUAUGUACUUUCCACACGAAAACCCAUCCUGGCUUUUCAGUGACUGUUGCAGUUUCAGAGGAUGAGCUUUAAGCUAUACUAUGUGUUUUUCUGUAGUAGUUUGUUGCUACUUUUGUAACCUGAGUAAAAUUUCGAGGUGUUUUGCAAGAA